UUGUUUUGAUAAUUGACAUGUUUUAGUUAUGUAAGUAAUCAUGUUAAUCUUAAGAACAUUUAGUGCAUAUAUAAGUGCGUUUAAACAGCAUCCGGCUCUAGUGUCAGUUCGCAUUAUGUCGAACUCGGCGGUCAGCGUCAAGUUCCGCUGGGGCCUCUCGGCCUCAGACCCUGAGGAACAACCCACCCUCAUAGUGGGUCAGGUGGCCCAUCUUAACGCGCUGACUUGGCAUGAUGUGCGGUGCAAGCUUGAACCACGAGUUACUGAAGAGGCAUGGAAACGCGGUCUCUCCUGCGUCUCCACGUCCCCCGGCGAAUGCGUGGAGCUGUGGCCCCGCGGCGCCGGCCUCGCGUCGUUGCCAGCUCGCCGCUCGCGACACGCCGCUCCGUCUCGCUCGCACGCGCUCGCUAAACUUGUGCGCUCGUGGCAUAGGACGCCGAGGGAACAUGAAUACGUUGUGCUGAUCUGUCGCAAACGCGACGUGUACGCGAGCGCCGUGGCGGUGGCGCGCUGCUACCCGCAGUACAGCGCGCGCUCGGGGCCCGGCCCGCUCGGCGCCGCCGCCGACGCGCCGCUCGCCCGGACCGUGUACGUCGAGAUACAGCUCGCCGGCGAGGACCAGAGGGAAGGCGAACUUGAAGACGAAGGCAUUGGCCCACUUGAUCCCUCCCUGCUAGACAACACGUUGUCCACUGAAGAGCUAGCUGCCAUCCAGGCGGCUGCGGAUUCUACCCGCCUCGCUGCUAAAAUUGCGGAUACACCGUGUAAUAUCAUGAAUGUGGAUAAAUUCAUCGAGGAAGCCUGCCAUGUAGCCAAAGAGCUGGACCUCCCCGAACCUACCAUUAUCCGCGGUGAGGAACUCAAGGCGCGCGGCAUGGGCGGCCUGCACGGCGUCGGCCGCGCCGCCCGCUGCCCGCCCGCCCUGGUGGCCCUGUCCUACACCGUGCCCGGGGUCGACAAGAGUGUGGCCUGGGUCGGCAAGGGCAUCGUCUAUGACACUGGCGGUCUUAGCAUCAAGGCAAGGACCUCCAUGGUGGGCAUGAAGGGCGACUGCGCGGGCGCGGCGGCCGUGCUGGGAGCCUUCGCGGCGGCCGUGCAAGCCAAGCCCACCGUGAACCUGCACGCCGUGCUUUGCUUGGCUGAAAAUGCCGUCGGCCCUGAUGCUACUAGACCUGACGAUAUCCACCAGCUGUAUUCGGGCCGCACCGUGGAAAUCAACAACACCGAUGCUGAAGGCCGGCUCGUGCUGAGCGACGGCGUGGUGUACGCGCAGCGGGACCUGAAGGCCGACACCAUCGUGGACGUGGCCACGCUCACCGGAGCACAGGGCACCGCGACGGGCAAGUACCACGCCGCGCUGCUGUCCAACAGCGCCAGGCUGGAGCGGCGCUGCGUGGCGGCGGGGCUGCGCGCCGGGGACUUGGCGCACGCGCUGCCCUUCGCGCCCGAGCUGCACUUCACCGAGUUCAGCUCCUGCGUCGCCGACAUGAAGAAUAGCGUCGCGGACCGCAACAACGCGCAGCCGUCGUGCGCCGGGCUGUUCGUGCUGGCGCAGCUCGGGUUCGACUUCCCCGGCGCCUGGCUGCACGUCGACAUGGCGGCGCCGGCACACUCCGGCGAGCGGGCCACCGGGUACGGCGUGGCGCUUCUCACGGUGCUGUUCGGCGCCUGCACGCACAACAAGCUGCUGCGCGCGCUCUGCCCGCCCGACUCCUGCUAACACCCCCCUCACCCCCCCCCCCCUUUAUAUUUAGGUAUUUUAAAAAAGUAAACAAAAUCUACCCUCGAAUGACUCAAGCCAGUCGAGGGUAGAUGAAAACAUUACAUGAUCAAAUAAUGUAGGUUGAAGUCAGGUUUUGUAUUUGGUUGGUUAACCAAUAAAUGUUAUAACUACCCGAAAAUGUACAAAUUGUUUGUUUACUUUUAUUUAAAUACCUAAAGAUACCCCUUAUUCAUAAACGUCUACUAAAGUCGACGAGCCGUUAAUAAUCGUUUGUCCCUUUCCGACGUAUUGGUAUGAUGGAAAGGGACAAACGAUUAUUAGCGGCUUGUUAACUUUAGUAGGCGUUUAUGAAUAAGGGGGAUAGAGUAUAGUCAUGUCUCGGACCCUCUUAUUAAGACGAAAAUGAAGGACCCGUGCGAAAUCGCCUAUUCAUACUAACGUAGUCCUCAUUUCCCUCUCUGGAUAUUAUGGUUUUCGGAGUCAAUAUCCAGGGAGGAAAAUGGGGACUACGUAUGUAAGGAGAAGCGGCCGUCCUCUUUCCUCUUAAUGCUUUUGUGACACUCCUUGAGACUCGUCCUACUAGAGCCCACGGUCCUUACUAUAGUACUUAUUCAAUUCGAUGAAAUUUAAAUCGUAUCCGAUUGAAACAGAGUUGCAUUUGAUUUGUUUCGUUCAAUUAACAAAACAAUAUAAAGUCUUAUUUCGUACACUAUAAUAAACGAAAUUUACAGUAAACUUUGAGGCCACAGUAAACUUUGUGGCCACAGUAAACUUUGUAGCCACAGUAAACUUUGUGGCCACAGUAAACUUUGUGGCCACAGUAACCUUUGUGGCCACAGUAAACUUUGUGGCCACAGUAAACUUUGUAGCCACAGUAAACUUUGUAGCCGCAGUAAACUUGAAAGUCUGCGCACAGAUAAUAACGAGUAUAAUGGAAAAGAAUUGUAAGUUACUCUUGUUUUUUGUUAACAUUUUCUUUCAAAAACAUCACUUUUGACCUUUUUAAGUAGCCGGCUCUGCUAAUUAUAAUAAUAUAUACAGUCAUAUUUUCAGCCAAAAUAACCUUACAUUUGAGUAAAUGUGUAAAAAACACAUAUAUUAAUAAUAACUAUAAUAAGACUUCUAUACUUAUAACUCUUUAAUAAUAAAGACAAAUAAAUAUGUAUUUCUUUAAAAAUACAUAUUUUAGACGAAUUGAGAGGCAAAUUUAUAUUGUUUUGAUCGUUUUCCCUAAACUAUUUCUGUACAAACCUCAUGUAUGCGAUGUUUACACAUAAUGUUGUAUUUGACAUAAUAAAUUCAUUUAAUUUUUUAUUUAGAACAUAUUCAUUAGCUUUUAAUGACUUGUACAAUGUUACAAUGAUACUUCAAUUAUAAAUUAUAAUACAUCGGCGUUAACACAUUCACCGCUGAGCUACGUCGUACACGAUAACAUGGGUUUCCCGGUAUGUAGCGAAAAUGCUUCGUGUAAGAAAAACGACAACGUGACGUGAUUAGCGCCGAAUGGAAUAAAGUAUAAGAUGAUUUGCCGUUAUAUUUGAAACCCUGUUAGUUAUAAUUUUAAUAUUUGUAAGCACUAACUUGCAUUUAUGUCAUUUUCACUCUUAAUAACACGUUUAUUAUUUCACUUCCAAACUAAAGAGAAUUUGAAAUAGAGGUGGAUUGUCAAAGAAAAUUUUGUAGCCACAGUAAAUUUACUGCUGUCUUUCGACGCAUGAUUAAAACUUUUAGAACGCCAUUGGACUUUGAUCCUUAUUAUUUCACUGAUAUGAGUUAAAUUUGUUAAAUAUCAAAAAGUGGCGCCAAAGUUUUUUUGACAAAAAGCUAAAAAAUUACUAUUCACGGUUCAUAAUUACAACACAAUAUCUUGCGACACACUUCUCGUACACCCUUGUGUAUUAAGCCUUAUUUUUUUUAUUUUGUCUCGUAUUCUCCAAAUUUUUUUUCAAAAUAAUCGUUAUUGUAAGAAUAUACGAAGCGCAAUUUCGGGAAUAAAUUUUGUAUUAUAUUUAUAUGGCGUUGUGAUCUUUACAUUAUUCAACGACUCGCGAAGGUCCAAAAAUCACUCAGUGUUAUUGGGCCCAAAAUAUACAACAAAAUUUAAACUAAUGACAUUAAAUUGACUGAAAGCGACUCAUUAUUCGCUAAAAAACUUAAAUGUUUACUACUAGACCAAGCAUGUUAUUCUGUCGAUGAUUUUAUGAAGGAGAUAAUUAAAAAAAAAAAUAUUGUAAGAACUAUUAAGGAACCGUAAACUUUCAUUGUUAAUUUUUAUAUAGAAUUAUGUAUAACUGUGACCUGUCUUUUUACCAAUAAAGAAACUAAACUAAACUAAAAACAUUGAAAAACUGAAUGACCAUUAUAUACUUAUUUUAAGAUUUCCGUACCCAAAGGGUAAAACGGGACCCUAUUACUAAGACUCCGCUGUCCGUCUGUCACCAGGCUGUAUCUCAUGAACCGUGAUAGCUAGACAGUUGAAACUUUCACAGAUUGCC